UUCCGGGUUAAGCGAGCGGUGUGUAAAAUCAGCGCGUCUUAGCGGAUCGUGUUUCGGAGGACCUUCACCUCUCCCGAGCCCGUUGGGGAGUUGUAGCGAUGAAACAAGAUCGUAAUUACCAAUUAGAUAUCACGGAAAUUGGGAGAAAAAUUCACAAAACAAAUAAAACACUGAACUCCUACCAUACUGUAUAUCCACAUACAGCGUUGAUAAUUCGAGUGAACGGUGAUGGUUAAUUUGUUGAAUAAUGAAUUUGUUUAUACUCAACUUGCAAGGUGUUUUAUAGCAAGACAACAAUUCAUACUCUAUAUAGGUCAUAUAACUCCCCUCCCAUUUGGUACAAUCCAUGCGUCAUUGUUUACAACAAAAUGGCCAAGUAUUUCUUCCCCUAUAUUCAAACUGGAUAAAGGCGCUUUAAAUAACGAAAAAGAAACUAACUACCGAACUGGAAAAACACACCGGACACUCACGUAACGUUAGUAGUUCUGUGUCGGAUUGACUUCAGGAUCACACUCACAGCAUGGCAUUUCAAAUGUCAACUGUCUCUUCGCGUAUCAGAGCCAUAUGUCCAUUUUCCCGCUGUCGUAGUGGUGACUUUCAUACUAGUGAUAUCGGUGUGUGCUCCAAAUUUAGAAACAUUUUCGGUGUUCCAAAUCGUCAGGUGUAUUCGCUGGUGCGAAGUGGGCAGAGUUCGGCGAACUCCAGCCCUGCAAAGUGCAAGGCCAUUCUGAACCCAGGGGGUAUUCAUUUUGCAAACCGUGUGGAGAAGUUUUCAACAACUACAGCUGCCGCGAAGUCGUUUGAGUCGUUUCAGGGGCAAAACAAGGCCUCGACCUCCGGGGGAAAGUACGGUUCGUUGUACCGGAUCGCCCUCGCCGCGCUUGGGGUGACCACCGCGGUCGUGUCCCUGCACGCAAGUGCCCAUCUCGCCAUGGCGACGGGAUUGGAGCGGCAAGACCUUGACUCAGCCAAAGGCGAUUGGAACGAGGUGAAGGCUGCCUUGCUCCAUAUGAGUCAGGGGGAGAGAAGGAAGCUCUACAGGACUACCUACCUGUCCCUGGAGGAGGUGCCUGUGUGGACCCCCAAGUCACUAGUGGACAGAGGUGAUUCAGUCAAGGCGACCAAAUUCAAGAGGAACGAAGCUCUGGACAAGAAGAUCUCCUUGUUCAGCGGUGACAUCACCAAACUGGAGAUUGAUGGGAUCGUCAAUGCAGCCAACAAGACCCUGUUGGGGGGAGGAGGAGUGGAUGGUGCGAUCCACCGCACGGCCGGCCCCCUCCUGAGGUCCGAGUGUGCUGAGCUUCUAGGGUGUGAAACGGGAGAGGCUAAGAUUACAGGGGGCUACGGCCUGCCUGCCAAGUAUGUGAUCCACACAGUGGGGCCUAUAGCGAUGGGGGAAGUGGGGGAGGAGGAGAGGAGCCGCCUCAGGGACUGCUACCAUCACAGCCUGCAGAAGGCCACCGAUACCAAGCUACGCACUGUGGCGUUUCCUUGCAUCUCCACUGGAAUCUACGGAUACCCACCUGAGCAGGCUGUGCACGUCGCGUUGGAGACUGUCAGGAAGUACCUGGAUGAACACCAUGAGAAGCUGGACAGAGUGAUCUUCUGUGUGUUCCUGCCCACUGAUAGGGAGCUGUACCUGAAAAACCUCCCUCUCUACUUCCCUUCUGCCUGCUGAUCAGAGUGCCCUGUUCGAACACAGACUCACCUGUGAAGAGUAAACUCUGAAAGAGGGACGUGUGGAGUUGCAAUAAUGCAAUAAUGCUGCUCACCACAUGCAAUAUCCUCCUCAUCUUCCUCCUUUCCACCCACCGGCUCUGCAAUAGAGAAGACCUGGGUGCAUAUCUUAACACUGGAUGAAUGUCUAGAGCUGAAUAAACUGCUUUAUUAUCAAUGAA